UUUCCUAAUUUGUUUUUUGACUCACAGCAUUUGGCAAAGCUGAGAUUUUUGGAUUUGAGUGGUUCUCAAUUCUUAGAAAAAAUUCCUGACUUAUCCGAGAUCCCAAACAUAGAGCACUUGGAUCUAUGUAGGUGUACAAGUUUGGUUGAGAUUGAUGAUUCUAUUGGACUCCUUGAUAAACUUGUUGAAUUGAAUCUUGAUGGAUGCGUUAACCUUACGAGGUUUGCAACAAGACUUAGAUUGAACUCCCUAGAAAAACUUUAUCUAAGUGAUUGCAAAAGGCUUGAGAGUUUCCCAGAAAUAGAAGUCAAGAUGGAAUCAUUGUGGUGGUUGGACAUAUCAGGAAGUGGCAUAAGAGAAUUGCCUUCAUCAAUUGCAUAUCUUACUGGUCUUCCAGAAUUACCGCUGCUUCCUGAGCUAUAUUCAUUUACACUCAGAGGAUGCAAUCUAUCAAAAAGUGAUUUCGCCCUGCCCCUUGUUUACUGGUACACAUUAACAGAACUUGAUCUAUCGGGAAACAAUUUUGUCAAUCUUCCGAGAGGCUUUAGCAAAUUUGUCAACUUGAGGGAGCUUCGCUUGACUGAUUGCGAGAGUCUUCUGGAAAUUCCAGAACAAGUGCUUCCACCAAAAGUAAGUCCGGUAAGGCUGGAUAACUGCACAUCAUUGCAAAAAAUUCCAGAAGUGUCUUGGGUAUUGCUGGAUAACUGCACAUCAUUGGAGAAAAUUGGCAGUAUGUAUCUGAGUUUGACCAAUUGCGUUAGACUACGCGGCUACUACGACAUCACAGAAAAUAUUUUUCUGAAUCCGCGUUUUGAUUACGACAUUAAUCUUCCAGGCGAUGAAGUUCCAAAGUGGUUCAGCUAUUGUAAAGAUGCAACAAUAGUUAGAACAAAGAGAUACCAAUACGAUGCUAGAUGUGAAGUUAGUUUUGAAAUUCCUCCAAAUUUAAAAUGGGAGACGUUAAGAUUGGUUCUAUGUGUUGUUGCUGUUGCUGAGGUAUCUAUUUUCAAUAUUUCUUUCACGAUUAGUCUCAAUGGACAACGCGUCAAUGAGAUACGUCUUGACAGGAUAGAGGAAGGUCAUGUGCGGCUCACGUGUAUUCCAUUAUUGAAUCGGAACUACGUAAAUUUAAGUCAACCACUGAAGCCGGGUAAUCUGUGUAAAGUUGAGUUUCUCUUGUCUCUGUAUGGCAGAGUGCCCGCAAUCGAUAAAAUUCCCUGCGGGGUCCACCUAUUAGGCCACCAGGUUGCUGAUGUCAGUGUGACUGAAGAUUUUUAUCAGCGGUUGUUGCCU